AUGCUCGUUAACCAUGGUUCGGGACUCGAAAAGCUUAAGGAGGAACUUUACCGUUUCAAGCCUGAUAACCUAAGUGGUGAGAUCGCCUUUGAUCAAACUCUGGUCGUCACCGACACCGACUGGGCAGGUGCAACAAAGGCCGCUAUCACAGUGAGCGAGCGACUUGUCCAGCUAGAACUAGACCAAAAAUGCAUCCCCGCCUCGGACGGUCUGGAUUACUGGCAGUCCUGGUACGAUGCAGGAUUCUCGGCCGCCGGCUUACUUUGGGUCCGGCCCCGGAUCUUUAAAGGAUACGCUCAGAUAUUCCGGGUUGGGCGGGGAUCUCAGGUGCUCAAUUCUCUGAGGCUCCCCCAUAUCCCAAUUAAUACGUCGAGCCUGGGGCACAUGCUGUUUUCAAUUGCGAAAUGGGUAUCGUUGAAUCUCAAAAGAGUCAAGCUGCUGCUGGCCAGACCGUUUGCUGCCGAAAUCGACUCUGAACGGCAAAAAUCCUUUUUGAUUCAACGAGAAUCGGCUAAAAGAAUAGGCACGCUGCUGCUCAACCCGUGGAGCUUUGGCAAUGGUGAGACCUAUGAAGACGUGGUUAAAAAUACGGUUCGUAUUAUGGCCCAAGCGUAUGAUCUCAAUUCAACCUUGUCUGCAAACUGCUCGCCCAAGGAUAUUCUGACGCAGUUGCAAAGCAUUCUGGACCAAGCAAAUGUCAAAAAGGCUCCCACAGAUCUUAUCCCGCCCCUAUGGCAGCGGUGCUGGCCGGCCGGCUUGAUUAGUAUCUAUGCCGCCCUGUCGGUACUAGGAAACUGGCAGGCAAUCAUUGAAUGGAUUGAAACUUCUAUACUGGAUACUGUCAGGGCAUUUUUCCUCAAUUGGGUCGUUUCACCUCUCCACACUGUGUACAACACCAUUCGCCAUGAUCCAAAUAGUACUGUUGCGCUAAUGGGCAAACAGAGUCUCAUGAGUGACCUGGACAGCCUGGAGCGUAUGGUUACCGACUUUGUUGUUCAACAAGAUGGCGGGCUAAGCCCUGAAGGGCUCAAGGCUGUCCGUGAAGCAGCAAGACAGGGCGAUUUGUCUCCGGUCUUGAGGGUUUACGAAAAACAGAUCCAAUCGCCAAUCAGCUCACUCAUUACAGGAGGGCUUAUACGAACGCUGUCCAUUCAAAUCCAAAAGGCCAAGGUUGACGCUGAGAUCACAGUCGCCGGUGUCGAUAAGAUGUUACAGAGCCAGCAACUGGUUUUCGGCCUAAUUGCGCUUCUCCCUGGCCUCUUUGUGGUUCAGCGACUCGUUGGAUAUUUAGCCAAAACUUUGUUUGGGCGUUCGCAGACUAAACAGCUCUUCGCCUGGCGGUCAACCAAGGAGCAGCUUAUGGUGCGCUUGGGAAACAUUGAGCAGCUUGCUAAUGGACGCGACCAGUUUGAAGAAACAGAGAUAGGACUGGUAUUUGCCGAGGUCGCCCGAUUAAAGGCGGAAAGUAGGCGAGUGUUGUCCAAACGGCGGUUCCGGUUGUUCAGUGCAGAUCUUGAUCAAUUGGUGGGCGUUCAAAACACCGCCGAGCUCAAAGAACGGUUCCUCAUGCUGUAUGCCAAAUUUGCUGCUCUAGAAUCUAGCAAUAUCGGCUCAAGCGGGCUCAUUUAG